GGUAGUGGUGUGUGCCGUCCGUGUCUAUGUUUCAAUAUCCACAUUUCUAUGUUUAUUAAGUGUGCGUGACUCGGAAAAACGUGAAUAGUCCGUCCCAUCAGCGAGCCACUGGCCCUUCCCCCUCUCUCAGCAGGGUUCAUAAUGGUUGGGUUGAGCCCUGCUCACACACAGCUUAACACGCCUUAGGUUCUGCAGGACCAUCUCUUGAGGACCAGGGAGCCACCCAAGAACCAGAGAGACACCCAAGAACCAGAAAGAUACCCAAGAACCAGAAAGACCCCCAAGACGACCAUCUCUUGUGGACCAGGAAGCCACCGAAGCCGUCCAAACACAGCCUCUUCUAGCCUUCACAGCCUCUUCUAGCCUCUGUCCAGGACAAGUUGUCCAAAAUGGUGGCGACUUACGACUGCAAGGAGUGUAAAGAGUCUUUGUACGGGGGGAAGUACAUCCUGCAGCAGGAUAACCCUUACUGCCUCACCUGCUACGAGAAAUCCUUCUCCAACAUCUGCGAAGGGUGCGAGAAAUGCAUUAGCUGCACCAGCAAGGAUCUGUCGUACAAGGACCGCCACUGGCACUCAGACUGCUUCCAGUGCACCACGUGCAUGCGCUCGCUGGUGGAGAGGCCCUUUGCUACCAAGGACAACGUAAUCAUGUGUGUGGAGUGUUACUCCAACCAGUACUCUGCCAAAUGCUUCGGCUGCCUCAAGACCAUCAUGCCAGGCACCAAAAAGAUGGAGCACAAAGGCAACAGUUGGCAUGAGAACUGCUUCACAUGUCAGCACUGCAAACAGCCAAUGGGAACCUGUAGCUUUGUGAACAAGGAGGACAGCAACUACUGCCUGCCCUGCUAUGAGAAGCAGUUUGCUCUUCCCUGCGUCCACUGCAAGAAGCCAAUCACCACCGGAGGGGUCAAUUACCGGGACCAGCCGUGGCACAAGGAGUGCUUUGUCUGCAUCUCCUGCAAGCAACAGCUAUCUGGCCAACGCUUCACCUCACGUGACGAUUUUGCCUACUGCCUGAACUGCUUCUGCAACCUCUUUGCUAAGAAGUGUGCUUACUGCACCACCCCUAUCAGCGGUCUGGGCGGCUCCAAGUACAUCCUGUUUGAGGAGCGCCAGUGGCACAACGACUGCUUUAACUGUAAGAAGUGCAGCGUGUCUCUGAUCGGCCGUGGCUUCCUGACCUCCCGCGACGAUGUCCUCUGCCCCGACUGCGGCAAAGAGGUGUGAAGAGGGUGGGUGGGUGGGGGGGGG